AUGACCAGUUUUAGAGAAGUGUUAGAGGUCUGCCACCUUUAUGAUCUUAGUUGUAAAGGGGACAAGUUCACAUGGAGUAAUAAACAUGGGGAUGGAACAUACACAAAGGAAAGGUUGGAUAAGGCAGUAGCUAAUCCACUAUGGACAACCAUGUUCAAGAAUUGUGGGGUAGAAGGAUUGGUGGCUAGAAGUUCUAACCACAGACCUAUUUUGAUGUGGUUUAGUGAGAAAAAGGAGAAAGCCAGAAAUUGUGUGAAGCUGUUUAGGUAUGAGGCAAAAUGGGAAUUUGAGGAGGAUUGUGGUCGCGUUGUACAAGAAACUUGGAACUUUGGUGGAAACCAUGUUGAUCUUAUAUAUAAGGUGAAGGGCCUUCUUGAGAGUUGUGAAAAGGCACUUGGUAGAUGGAGUAGACAAAAGGACAAGAAUAGGGGGAAGGAAACUAAAGAUCUUUCUAAUCAGAUGAAGAAGUUACAAGAAAAUGAAGAUGAGCAUGUGAUAAAUGAGGUGAAACAAUUACAAUCGAAGUUGGGGGUUCUAAUGGAACAAGAAGACAUUAACUGGAAAUAA